ACUCGAAAUAACUACUCCAUAAGAGAUAACGCUAUAUAGGACAUGCAGCCCAGCCGUGUCAACUGUCAGCCAACACAAGAGAAUACCAGAUCGUAUACUGAGGUUUUCUUCACCACCUGUAGUGAAACGCGGAAGUAGUACCGGACCGCCGUCUUACGUUGUUACCAGCUACGUCGAGAAUGGUGCUCAGGCUCACAAGAGAUAAGUUGGUUCAAGUAAGGCAGAAACUGAAGACAUAUCCGGGGACGCUGAAGAUAGUAGGAGAAAUAGACGCCACACUGGAAAACCACACAGGUGGUUAUGAUUUCAUUGUGGACCGAUGGCCAGAAUUCACAGCAGUUGUUUCGCAGGCGAAACCUGAAGCGAUGGGAUAUUCUGAAAGUAGCGUGAAUCUCUACGCCACAGACAAGAAUGCACUGAAGAGCUUUCUACACAGUCCGGAUAUAUUUAACUGGGCACAGAAAAAAGAGCGGUUCGUAUUUGCAGCCGUGCACACUAGGCUGGUACCAGUUGUUACAGAAGUGAUGGACCAUUUCCAGAUUCCCUGUAAAGUUAACAUCGAUGUGGUCUACAUGACAGUCACACAGAGAUCACUGAAACUCAGGCCUGUUCCGGAAGGCUUCACCCUGACCAGUGUACAGACAGACCAAGCCCCUUUGAUAAAUUCCCUGUGGAAGUUCAGCUCUGGAGAAGCAUCUGAGGCACAUAUCAGACUCCUGAUAAGCAAGCGUCCUUCGACCUGUCUCUACAACGAGGCAGGAGUACUAUUGGGGUACGCCCUUACCUAUCUCUACGGGUGUCAGGGGAUGCUGCACGUGAUCAAAGAGCACCGAGGGAAGGGGUACGGAAAGGUCAUCAUGUCCCAACUGGCACUAAAGAACCUGCAAGUAAAGACAGAGGUGUCUGUGAUAAUAGAAUCUGAUAAUGAGCCGUCUUUGAGGCUGCAUGAAAAUAUGGGAUUUGAGGUUGUCCCAAACGUGACAGCUAACUGGAUAGCGUGUAACUAUUGAUACGUACACUAAACGUAAAAAUGCAUGUUAUGAAUAUGACAUUCUUUGUGAUCUUUUCUGUUAUCCGAUUGUGUCUAUGUAAUAUACGUUACAUGCAAAUAUACAGGUGCAAAU